UCCGCCUCAUGUGCGUGUAUUAGUGUGAUAUAUAUGUGAUUACAAACCGUGCUGAUUUUUUAUAUUGUAUUAUGACUAUUGUUCUCAGUUCCGAUAAAGAUAUUACUUGUGAGUUCUCCUAGGAAUUUGUUUGUUUGCACUUUUACUGUUAUAUAUUAGUGCCCUAAGUCGUUGUCUUACAUUUACCACAUUCUACAUUAUACCUUCAUUAGAGAAAAGAGUAAGUUUAGCUGCCGUUACGUCCAUGCGCGCUCUCCCGCUUUUAUUUUAGCUUAACCUAAAAUAUAUUUGUAUACUGAAGGUUUGGAUUACUACAUAAAAAAUGUCAAAUUCGCAUAGAAUGCGAUACAAAAACGAAGGUGUUGACUCAAAGGAGUUACGCCGAAGGCGCGAAGAAGAAGGUAUACAGCUACGAAAACAGAAAAGAGACAUCCAACUUUGCAAAAGGCGUAAUAUUAAUGAUGGAAAUGAAAAUGAUGACCUUGAAACUUCUAUUCCAACUGGUGUAGCUGAUCCAAGUAAUAUUAAUGAAGAAUUAAUUAAACAUUUGUAUAGUAAUAAUGAAGAAGAUCAAUUAAGAGCUACUCAAAAAUUUAGAAAACUAUUGUCAUCUGAACCUAAUCCGCCUAUCGAUGCUGUUAUUAGCACUGGUAUCAUACCUCGUUUUGUUGAUUUUUUAAAAAAUACUACAAACAAUCAACUUCAAUUUGAAGCAGCAUGGGCAUUAACAAAUAUAGCUUCUGGAACAUCAGAUCAAACAAGAAAAGUUAUGGAGGCUGAUGCUGUACCUGUAUUUAUUUACUUAUUAGAAUCUCCUUAUGAAGAUGUUCAAGAACAAGCUGUUUGGGCUUUAGGAAACAUAGCUGGUGAUUCACCUGUAUGUCGUGAUUAUGUUUUAAAUAUGGGCAUCAUGAAACCACUGCUAAAGCUCUUACAAAAUUGUUCGCGAUUAUCAAUGACACGUAACUCAGUAUGGGCCUUAUCAAACUUAUGUCGUGGUAAAUCACCUCCUCCAGAUUUUAAUAUGGUUUCACCUGCUUUACCUGUUCUUGCUGAGUUGUUAACACAUUCUGAUGCUGAUGUACUGGCUGAUACAUGUUGGGCUUUGUCUUACUUAUCUGAUGGUCCAAAUGAAAAAAUACAAGCUGUUAUAGAUGCUGGUGUUUGCCCUACUCUGGUAGAAUUACUUAUGUGUACCCAUAAUAAUGUUGUGUCAGCUGCUCUUCGAGCUGUUGGUAAUAUAGUGACUGGUGAUGAUGCCCAAACCCAAGUAGUAUUAAAUUGUUCAGUACUCCCUUGUCUACUCAGUUUAUUAGGUUCACCAAAAGAAACCAUUCGAAAAGAAGCGUGUUGGACAAUUUCCAAUAUUACUGCUGGAAAUAAAAAUCAAAUACAAGCUGUGUUAAAUGCAAAUAUAUUCCCCACACUAAUUCACAUAAUGGGAACAGCUGAAUUUAAAACUCGAAAAGAAGCUGGUUGGGCAAUCACUAAUGCUACAUCUGGUGGAACGCAAGAACAAAUCCAAUAUCUGGUUGAAAAUAAAUGUAUUCCUCCACUUUGUGAUUUGUUGACAGUAACAGAUGUUAAGAUUAUCCAAGUAGCUUUAAAUGGCUUAGAAAAUAUUUUAAAACUAGGUGAACAGUUGGCUAAACAAACGGGUGCUGUAAACCAAUAUGCAGUUCUUUUGGAAGAAUGUUAUGGCUUGGAUAAAAUAGAGUUCCUGCAAUCUCAUGAAAACAUUGAAAUUUACAAUAAAGCAUUUGGUAUCAUUGAACGUUACUUUGGCUCUGAUGAAGAUGAUCCUCGAGUAGCUCCUUCAGUGCAAGAAUCUGGAGAACAGUUUGAUUUUAGGGAUCAAAGUGUUCCUAUGGCUAGAUUCCAAUUUUAACGACUGUUACAUUAAUUAUGACUUAAUAAUUAUUUUUUCUCAUUUUUGUUUCUUGAUCUUUAAUUGAAAAUUAAAUUAUACAAAAUCAAAACAAAUGUCCUGUCUUUUUCAAAAGAAAAUAAAUGAGACUAAAAAUACUCUUAACAACUAGCACAUUUUCUAAAAUGUAAUAUAAUUUGAAAAUAUUGUUACAUAAUGUUAAAUUAUAUUUACCAUUUAUUUAACAAUUUAGCUGUAUUUUAACUAAUGCAUCAUUGUUUUGAACUAAAAAGAAACAAAAUUUGUUAAACAUUUUAAUUAAUAUUGUGACAUUUAGUAAUACUGUCAAUGAUUUUUUGGCAUACUGUGCGACACCAUAUGUUAAGUUACAAUAUUAUUACUAAAUGUGAGAUAAUUCAUUUUUAUUUGUAUCUAAAUCAAUGAAUUGUAUGCAAUAGUUCUUGUUAGAAUUGUAAUAUUAUCAUUUUGAAUAUUAUAAAACAUUGUACUACCAUUAUAA